GAGAAUAUCAGGCACUACCCUAAGUAUCCAGCAAGGUGUCUGUCACAGAGGAAGCACCCGAGUACCCUGAGGGCUCUGUCCCUUGUCAAGUACCAAAAAAGCCUACACAUUCCAAACGAGCAUCUUCUUGGAACUUACCAAUGGCUUUUUUGGUCUCUUCACUCAUGGUGCUGGUGAUGAUCUCCAGUCCCAUCUACUCCAUCAGUUGUGACCUGGAUUUAGCAAAGACCCUUAACUUGGAUAAGCAGGAGAUUUUCAGAGUGGAGCAAAUGGGGACAAUCUCUCCUCUUUUCUGUCUGAAGAACAGGGCCAAUUUCCAACUCCCCAAGGAGCAGCUAGAUGGCAGCCUGUUGCAGAAGGCCCAGGCCAUGUCCAUCUUGCAGGAGAUGCUCCGGCAGACCGUCCACCUGUUCUUCUCGGAGCACUCCUUUGCUGCCUGGAAUACGACCCUCCUGGACCAGCUGCUCAAUGGACUCUACUGGUAGCUGCAAGCCCUGGACACCUGCUUGUUGCAGGAGAUGGGAGAGGAAGACUCGGCCUUGGGCAUUGAAGGCCUCAUCCUAGCUGUGAAGAACUACUUCCAGGGAAUCCAUCGCUACCUUCAAGAGAAGAAAUACAGUGACUGUGCCUGGGUGGUGGUCAGAGUGGAAAUCAGGAGAUGCUUUUUCCUCACUAACAAGCUUAUCUAUCAGAAAACUCAGUUUGAAAGAAGGAACUUGAUUCUCAGUGACUAAUAUCCUAAUUCAGACACCUAA